UCUUAUCUAAUGGCCCCCACUCCCGUGCUCCAAUCUAACGCCCUUCUCCUCUCCCACCUCUUAUAAUGCUAGCUUGCCUCCCCCAUUAUUCUUCUAUUUCAUUCGGCUUCUUCUACUUCUUUCCUUGUGGGCUUUCUCUCUCUCUCUUUCUCUCUGAGACUUGGGGAGAUGGGAAUUGGGUUUGAGAACUAUUUCUCUUAUUUGGCUUUUCUAUUUUGUAUAUCUCAUUGUCUUCACCUUGCCACUGCGAAACUAGAAUCAAGUGAGGAUUUUAGAAACACAGACACAUUAGCAUCAAGCGCCUGCAACAUCUACCAAGGAAGUUGGGUCACUGGUUCAUCUCCUUUCUAUGAUACUUCGAGCUGCCCUUUCAUUGACAAAGAAUUUGAUUGCCAAAAGAAUGGACGACCAGACAAACUCUAUCUCACUUACACAUGGAAACCAACUUCCUGUGACUUGCCAAGAUUCGACGGUUUAGAUUUCUUGAGGAGAUUUAAGGGGAAGAAGAUGAUGUUUGUGGGGGACUCACUGAGUGAUAAUCAAUGGCAAUCUUUGACAUGCAUGCUUCACACUGCAGUGCCACAGGCAAAAUAUAACUUGGCAACAAAUGGAGCCAUUUCAACCUUUUCAUUUCCUGACUAUGGAGUGUCGGUGGUGUUCAAUCACAAUGUGUUCCUCGUGGACCUGAUUACAGAAAAGAUCGGCCGAGUGUUAAAGCUUGACUCAAUCACAAGUGGCGAUUCAUGGAAAAAUGCUGACUUUUUGAUAUUUAACACUUGGCAUUGGUGGGUUCACAAAGGCAAUAAACAACCAUGGGAUUACAUUGAAGAUGGAGGCAACACAUACAAAGACAUGGAUCGGUUGGUUGCUUUUCAGAAAGGACUCACCACAUGGUCCAAAUGGGUUGACACCAACAUUAACCCGGCUACAACCAGAGUCUUCUUCCAGGGCAUUUCACCAACCCAUUACCUAGGUAAGGAAUGGAAUGAGCCGAAGGGAACCUGCAAGGGACAAAGGCAGCCUAUAAGUGGAUCGACUUACCCAGGAGGGUCACCUCCGGCGGCAGCAGUGGUGAAGAAUGUAUUGAGUAGGAUGUCAAACAGGGUUGAAUUGCUGGACGUGACGACAUUGUCGCAGCUGAGGAAAGACGGGCACCCAUCUGUUUACGGCAGUGGUGGAAAUGAUUGCAGCCAUUGGUGUCUUGCGGGUGUUCCUGAUACCUGGAACCAUCUCUUGUACGCAUCAAUAGUCCUUAACAGUGCUGGCAAACCAUAAUCUUGGCCAUUACCGCAUUAUCACUAAUUUACUACUUUUGAUUGUUUGAUGAAAUUAUUCAAUAAAGUUACUUUGUUCUUGUGUUUUUUCA